CUCCGUUGCAUCGUAUGAAAUACGGUCGCACGAGACCGAACUCAGACUCCCGUCAACAAAAACUCCGACAAUUUUUAAAAACAACCGUUUAUUGGUCCUAUAAUCGCGUGGUAAAAAAAAAUGUUUGGGAAUUGAUUGAACUUUUUCGAUUUGUGCUUGUUUUGAAAUUUUGAAGUUUAAAGGACCAUGAACCUGAUGGUUCUGUGCUACUAUUGAGAAGUGUGAUGGGCAUUUAAAUCGCCCAAUUAUGAAGAGUAGAGCGGCCGAGUCCUUCAUCGCUGUUUGGAUAAUAUUUUGUUUUGUUUUUGGAUCGACAGUUUCAGUGAACGUCCAUUUCGAAAAUAAAGAUGGCGGCUUUUUUCUUAAACAACAAUCCAGACAGCACUAUUCUGGAUCGUCGACUAACUCAUUGGCAAUACCCGAUGCGUUAGUGCCGCUACCCAGUGGCCCUGGAGCCGCUUCUUCGGGCACCCCUUUAUCCAUUGACCGAUUUACAGUACUGCAAAGUAGCCAACCGAUAAGUGUUAGAGCUACUUAUGGACCAUUUAGUACCAAACAGACUGUACCGGCGCGGUAUAUUGUUCCUGAUCCGAUGCCACUGAAUACAACUGGCCCAGCAAUUGAUCUUCAAGAUCAAGCGACUCACCACCUAGAUAUGUCAGCUCAUAUAGUGCGAAAUGAGGUGCCAAGAGAUUCUCCAGUCCUCAGAGUACUGUUUCAUACUGGCACGGAUCCAGGAGGCCGUAGGCAAAUAUUAUUGGCCAGACAUCAUCAGAGGGUUUGUAUAGUCCUGCACGCAAGUAUGGGCCAAAGAUCUCCUCUUCAUGCGGCUUGCAGUCCUGAUGGCGAAGAUGGUGUGUGUUUGGCUCAAGUUACUAUACCUUCUUCAUGGUGGCCUCCAUUGCCGUCUCCAGAGAAAGAUGGUAGGCCUGGAAAGCUUGUCAAAAGUCCACCAAGAUUAGUACAGGUUGCCUAUUCAGUCCUUGAACCUUGGCCAGACGAAGGCGAAGGUUGCCAUCCAAAAAUGCAAGUGCAACCCUCAGUUAUUCUUGGAAGUGUGCCAUUGACUCCUGCGAAAGGUGCUUACAAGGAAAUGAAAUUAACUGAUGCCAUCACAAUGUUGGUACCACAUCCACCAUUAUUUCCAAUGUCCAGGAUGCAUAUUUCAGUGUUUAUUGAUCGCCUGAGAGCCAAAUCAUUAACUGCGAUUGUUAUUCGCGCUAGAGUAAAAAGUGGAAUUCGAUUACUAGAAGCAACGCCAUCUGGAGCAUCUCCAUGGAAUAUCACUGUGGAUAUUAACACUAGACAUACCGGAGCUACGGUGACGUUGGUGCGAAAAGAGCCACCAGAAGCAGAGAUUGUCACUACAGAUGGAGAACUUAUGGAACUUUUUAAUUGGUUACUUGAAGUAACAGAAGACGCAGCAGAAAUAUACGAUGGCGCUAGAAUAGUUUGGACAGCAAGAUUUGAGCCUCAUCAAGAAGAAACAGACUUGGAAAUACAUAGAGAAGGCAGAAAAUCAACAACUAGAUUUGAGAUUCAGAAAGACGACAUCCAGGCUGUUGUACCUAUAAGCAAGAAUUGGGAAGUACUGAAUACAGCAGUUCUGACAGGCCAGCAAGUAUCUCAAGCGAUGAAAGUUUUCAUAGUUUCUCAAGCAGGUAAAGCUGCCGACGUCACCUUUCAAGCAUCCUGCCACUCUGAGGACGAUAACGUUUUAAAGGUAUCUUCUUCUUGCGGAUCAGUAUACGUCGAUGGUAGCGAACAAAGAGGUUCCGUAAAUGGUUCGGUAUUAGUUAAAUACGGUACUUAUACAGGACUAGCAAAAUUUACUGUAUGGAUGCCAGAAUUUCCUUUGGAAUUAGCUGUGGCAGACACUAGAUUAUCGCAACUUAAAUCCUGGAGAGUUCCAGAUUAUCACCCUGUAACGACCAAAACCAAGCGCAGACGUAAACGUUCUUUUACUCCUUGGAACAACAGUGGAGAUGAUAUGGGCAACGUUAUAGAUAAACCAAUCUGCAGACUACGUUAUCAGCAAACGUCUGUAGACGUUUACUCACAUUUUAUGGCUACAGAUCAUGAAUCUGGUAGAGUUAGUUACCUAAUCAACCGAAGAACUUGGUUGAGAGUCACAGAUUUGGUUUUGCCAUGGUUGAGAGUCAGCGAUCCUAGAAUUGCUAGUUUACAUGGCAGAGUUCUUCAAGGGAGGAGCAUGGGAAGGACAGAAGUUCAGGUUCUUUCACCCAUAACAAGCAGAGUUUAUGGGUCAAAAGAAAUAAGAGUUGGUAACGAUAAAGUGGGAUUAACUAAGAUGUCGGUACAAGUUGUAUCAGGAUUACAGCUCAAUAUUUCCCCUGAUAGUUCUAUUGAAAAUGGUUACGUAGCUGAAACAAGUGUUACUAGGAAGCUUACUGCGCAGUAUCAGGAAGGUUUAUUGGAUAUCGAAAUGGAAUUUUCUGAUGGCACCAAAACAGCCCUAAGAGAUAUUUCUGAUACAGAUUAUCAUUUAGUGGUAGAAAGUUUAGAUCCAGCAGUGGUUGCUUUUGCGCCUAUGGUAGCGUCUCAUCACCCUAGAGUCAUUGCAGUUGGCGAGGGUAGUGGUGAUUUACUUCAGGUCACACUUCUUUUAUCAGAAGAAUGCAGAGUUCUUGGGAGACCAAAAAUGAAAACUGCUGGACCAUUGGCAACAGCCGCGGCGCAUAUUUCGGUGGAUUUCAGCAGUAGCGAUUUAGCACAUCGUCCAGACAUUUUGCAAAACGAUGGAGGAAGCUAUGGGGGUCCCAAAAGCCGAGAUUUUGAUAGUUUACAGGAUAUUUUAAAAGAUGAAAAAUCCCAUGAACCAAACGUGCAAGCGAGACAGUACCAAGGAAAUAAAGGCAUCCUUAACAACAGGCGGCAAAACGCUCACUUGACUCCAUUAGAAAUCAGCAUGUAUGUUCUAUUAGCGGCAUUUUGCUGUGCUAUAGUGGUAUUUGUAGUAUCUUGCGUCGUAUAUGCCUCAAAAUUCAAGCCCAUUGAAGCUGGUGGGGUUACUUCAGGCCUCCAUGCAUCACCUGUAAAUCCUAGCAAUUUGGUGAUUCAUCGAGAACCCAGAAAACCGAGAGAAUCGACUCAAAAUGCUCAUGACUGGGUAUGGUUAGGCAGGGCUACCAUGGAUCCUGUAUCCAAUAGAAACUCAACAGUUGUGACAAACAAUAGUGGUCAAGAUAUGCGCAUAAUAACCAAUCCUUUAAAUAUGAAUUAUGUGGAUCCUGAUGAUGCUCUAGCUACAAGUUUCACCAAUCCCAAUCAUAUCGAACUUCCAAGUAGACCUCCCGUUAUUGGAAAUUCGACGACAAACUCCAUUGAUAUUAGUUCCAAUAAUAGAUCUAUCGAUAGCACCACUUACUGCAGAAGUAAGAAAGAUGGAAACAACGUUGGUGGCCGGAUGAGCAAUGUGGAAGUUGAUCCUGAAAUCAUUGGAUGGAAUAAACCAACUCCCGUUGAUGCUGAAUUGAUUGGUUGGAAUAAGCCUACUCCCCCACCACCUCUGCCCCCUCAUGCCAUGCUACUAGCUAUGCCAAAGAAACUGUCUGAAGAUGAUUACCGACCACCUGUACCUCCUCAUAGAAAUUUGCCGUCAACUUCCACUGCUGACUCUCCAAAUCCUCCAGCUGUGUCCACCCCAAAGAAAUUCUAUCACCAUCAUCACCAGAGGAACGGAAGCAGAACUAGUGAGAAGCAUCUCCAACAGGCCAUGGAUACAGCCGAGGAUAAUCGUACAGAAAAAAUAAUUGAUGAAAUGGAGGGCAAGGACCAAAUGUUCGAGUUUGACGAUGAACCUGUAGUUAAGAAGGAGGUAUCUGAUAAGAUGGAAUUUGUCCAAUAUCCGAGGUCACCAAAUGCAAGAUCAAAUCGUAAUAGUGCAGAAGUAAAACGAGCCACAAUAGUUGGCAAUCCAAUGUUUAGCGCCACCGACGAUGUAGAAAACAAUACAGAACCUACUCCAGGAAUUACUCCGGCCGAGUUGCCAGGUCUAGAUGAUUUGCAAUUGGGAAUGGAUUACGAACAAAUCAUGCAUUACUUUGAAAAUUUAAAGGUGAGACAGGAAGAAUAAAGUGAAAAGAAUUAGUAAUUCCAAGAUCGCUUCUUGGAGUCUAUUCUCAUUUGAACAAACUUUAAAUAACCACCACCCUGAACUGUAUUUUUUCUUGUAGGAAUCGAACGCUUGAGUAGAAGAGAUCAUUGCAAAGAUCCGUGACAUUUUGUUGUCAUUUAGCGAACAAUACAGAGCGAGCGCCCUCAACGGCGCCAAUCUAAACAGUCCCGAUAUGAUACCCCACUUCAAUCAGAGCUUUGACUUCUUUUUCGAUCAUGUGAGCGAGUCGUAUGCUUAGGGACUGGUCAAUUAAAUAUCCACUAACUGGCAAUGGUAGUUUGUACAUACCUACAUCAAAUUUCAACUUGUAUACCCAAUAAGGAAUCUGUAUUUUAAUUGCAGCAAUAAUCAAGACUGAAUCAGAAUAGGUAUAUAAAAUUUUGUUUGGACUAGAGGAAUGGAAAGUUUUCAGCGUAAUGGAAAGUUUUCAGCGUAAUGGAAAGUUGGGAAUAUUGUGCAAGAUUUCGUACCGCGGUACACUCUUGCUUUAACUUUUUCAUUUAGUAUUAUUAUUAUUAAUAAGUAUUAGAUCCUGCUACAUUUUUGCAAUUUUUAGGGUAUAACUGUAAUACAUAUUUGUGUCUCCAUUUGUGCUAUAUACAGUGUGUCCACUUAAGUUCGCAGCAUAUGGGAAACUUUUUUAUUAUCAAUUUUGCGGAAAAAAGUUAUUCCUUAUAAAAGUUUCUGCUCUUUGAAAAAAUAAUAUUAAACUACUUAAACUUGAAAUAGCAUGUACAGGGUGGUCAAAAAAAUAGAAAAAUAUACAGGAUAUUUCCUAAGUACGGUUCGUAUCUUCAGGAUGUGAUUCCUUACAAUAUUUUAAGAAAAAAAGUUCCCAUAAACAUGUGUCCGGAAAUGCGUAGUUUCUGAGAUACAGGGUGUCGAAGUUUUAGUAAAAACCGUUUUUUAGCUCAAAAAUCCCUUUACCAAAUUUUUUUUUCAGAUUUGACAGGUUUGUUUUUGAUAACGAAAGGUAUCUUUUGACUGUAAUAUGACUUGCUUAAUCUGAAAAAAAUAUCAAAGGUUUAUUAUUUUAUUUUAUUUUUUUUUUAUUUUAUUAUUUUAUUAUUUUUCGAAAUAUACUUAGGCCCUUUAAUCAAUAAUUUGUGACCGUUUGGCGACUGCCGAAACGGUCAGCGGAUGAUUAUUUCUGACUAACUGGCGAAGCUUGUUUUGAGAGAGAUACCUAUAGUAUGAAUCCUCUUGAUUGAAAUUAAUCUAGAAAAUAAAACAAAAACUAAUAUUUUGUAGACCAGAAAGAACCUUUUGACUUCCGCGAGUGCACACACGGCUAGAGCAAUCAUCAGAGUUGGCCCAGCCAGGCGCUUGUUGAGGAUAGUGGUAGUAGUUAUGUUCGUGCUUGAGCAAGAAUGCCUAGCAGCUAUUUAGUUUACAAUUCUAGUGACACACUUAAAAAUUAUUUCUUUCCCCACUUUUUAUCAAUUUUUAUUUUAUAUGGAUGGCUAUGAUAUGUACCUGCCUAUACAUAUUGUGAAAUUGGGAGUUUUGUAGCUAAAAACUAUUCAUUCCUUGAUCCAUUUUAGAUUACUUAUAUAUAAAUAUAUGGUAUCCGGAAAUUACAGGCAAAAAACUAGGUAGCUGAUUCGACUAGAAAAGUGAAUACCAUAAGUUCCUAAUACCAAAAAAUUGCUUACGAUACAGUAUAGCCUUUAUACUGUUUAUUUAAAUCAAAUUUUACUAUAUUUAGCUUUUCAUCUGGUGUGCAGAUUCAACUUUCGCACACUAAUCACUUUAGACUUAUUUCAAGAUUUCGAAAGUUUUAAAAACUUCUGCUCCAGGAGUUUGGGUCCUGUGCUGAUAUCUUACUGUGUUACAUUUAGUUUUAAAUGAUCCAAAUUCUCCGAGUCUCUUAUGGAUGGUACUGAGCAUUCGCGAUUGUGGUAUCUUUCUAUCCGGAAAUUUUUGACUAUACAAAAAGUCUUGCAGCAAGUGCAAAGCCGCCAGCUGAACCAUAAUGUAUGUCAAGUAAUUAGAAUUGAAUUUUUUUUCUUAUUUAUCUUAAUUUAUACCUACCUACAUCCUAAAUCUCCACGAUUAUACAAGUACUUAACUAGAUAGAUAUUAUGUUUCAAACACAAAAAGUCUUCAACUAAAGGUCGUUUAGGUUCAGGCAUUCACUUCAUAAUUGUCACAAAAAUACUUACUACCACUACUAGUAAUGAGUUAAAGAGAAUCUGUUGUACUCCAGCAAAAACUUUAAUCGUUUAUUUAGUCGGUAACUACAGUUUUUUGUCUAUAAUUAACGGCCUGCCUUUAUGGAUAAACGUGUGAUUUUACAAAAAUAAUUUCUGUGCAGAAACCAGGGUAUACUAGCUGAUAUAAUAUAGGUAAAAUUGCCAUUUUUGUCCAAGGAUUUUUGCAGUGAUCUACUAACCAUUUAUAAACUGAUAUAAAACAGUCUAGUCAAAAAUUAACUGAGCUUUAUUAACAAUGAGUAAUAAUAAUAAUCGUUGCACUAUAAGAGCUACGUAACUAAAGUAUACUUAGAGCCAUAUAUUAAUAAUAUAUUAGGUAGAUUGGACGUCGAUAGCUUAGUUUGUCUACAAUAAAAAUUUAGUUUGAUUUUGUGGUAAAUGCAUAACAAAUGUUGUAAUCAUUUUGAGCUAAUUAGAUCUAGAGCCUAUUUGGAAGCACAUAGGUAUUUUCUAAUAAGGCAUAUUUCACUGAAAUUCGCCAAAAAUGGCUGCUUUGACGUAACAUUGUAGUUUAUUUAGAAUGCAAAUCUGUCAGGUGACUGGUCGAUUACCCAUCCCUUAUGCUAAACCGUCUGUGUUGUUGAUGUAUUUGAAAGCUCCAUACAGAAUAUAGGAGCUAUGUAAUGCUACUUUAAAAUCUACAUUUUUAUUAUGCAUUUAUCCGUCUUUAAUUAAAAUGAACAGUUUCUAAUAACUCUUCUGAUGUUUUUCUCAAUUCAUGAUGCUCAUUAUUUAAGAUAACCAUUUGUAGGUUUUCACAAAAAUCAAUAAAACGUGUAGCAAUAAGGAUUAGCAAUCUCUGGAGACCAUUUGUGAGGCCAAAUAGUUGGAACACAAGACAUGAUAAGAACUUAAACGUGGAACUAUUAUUUAAUGGAAAAUAUAAGUACCUAAUAAAGUUAUAAAGUUCAGAUGGACUUGAUGUUUGCCUCAGUUCUUCUUAUGCCAAAUGAGAAUCUGUCGCCUUUUGUGAAAACAUACAGAUUGUAAAAAUGUAUUUCCUUUUUAUGUAUGUAAAUGUUUGUAAAUUUACCACGUGUAUAGACUAUCUGUAUUUGCUUGACUGAUAUUGAAUUAAUUUUUUGUUUUUAAAGUUUGUGUGAAUAUAAAUUUUACGAAGCUUGUUCCAACGCACCAAUUUAUGUUGGAUUGAAACAAUCUUUUUUUUUUAAUAGUAAAAUAGGAAGCUUAUUCAUAUAUAGGUAGAGUUCGUUUUUAUUUUGAAAAUUUAUUUAUAAUAAAUUUAAUGUUUAAGAUAACCUUUGUAUAUACACCCACACAAAUAUAGACUGCUUAACUAUUAUAAAAUACUACCUAAAAAAAAUUUAAACACAUUUCUUUGUGUGCUUUAAUGGAAAAAAUAAUAAGGUCAUCCUGUCUAGUCUCCAGUUUAGCUUAAAAAAUAACCAAUGUGUUUUUCAAAAUAAUACAUAAAUGUUUUAGAGCUCUAAGAGCUGAUAGGUAAUUAAUAAUAAAUAUUUCUUCUAUUCAUGCUCCAAGUUUUUACGGGUCCUACCUAAAGUAUUGUAUUGUACAAUUUUUAUUUAUUGAUUUACCUAUCUAUUUUUUUCUUCCGUCAGUAAGUAUUCAAUUAAAUUGUCUAAAAAAAUAUUAAUAUUUCUAUUAUUCUGCAAAUAAAAUAUUAUGUAACUUAGUAUUUUGUAUAUAAAACUGUUAUUUGUUAAUAUAAAAAUAUUUAGAAAAACUCAGAUAUAUGAUGCUUAAAUUUCAGGGUGCUAUAACUACUUAUGGAUUCCAGAGUAACAUUAUUCAAUAAAAAUAAUUUUACUCGUGCUUGUUACAAACUUCUCCAGUGGCUACAAACGGUGUUUUAGACAAUUUCGAUAAUGCAUGUAUUCAGUGUACUCACAUUCGUUUUUCUGUGUACCUAGUUGUAUAAGUAACUCGUAUUUACCUACUUUUUUUUAAUAUCUAUUGCAUGUGGUAAGGGGACAUAUCAAAAAUCGAAAAGAAACAAAAAAUUACAAAAAGGUAUUGAACUUGAACAGGAAAUCUGAUAGAAGAAGAAUAUUUUCUUAAUUUAGAUAAUUGAGUUUUUUAAUUAUUGCAUCAAUUAUAUUAUGAACCCUUUAAGUAAUAAGUCGGUGUAACACUGAGUAAACUGAUAUAAAUGUACAAGUACAAUAUUGUAAGUUACCACACGAAAUCAGUAAAAUAAAGUAAUAUUUGUAACUGGAGUUAUUGUUUUAUUUCCAUGCCCAAAUUUUGACUUUCCACUGGAUCUAAAAUUGACCAACAUAUAGGUAUCUUCUUUGUUUCGCCAUUUCUUACCUUAGUUGAACAUUAAAAUUUUCUAUUGAGAUUAUUGAUUUUUUUUUAAAUUAUUUAUUCUAUCGCCAAUGGUAAACUAUCAUUUGUUUGACUCAAAACUCAUUGUCAAAGUAACUCUCUAUUUGAAAUAGUGAAAUCGGACAAUUUUUACCCACUCAUGUAGGUACUCAUGUCAAUUUUACCCACUCAUGUCAAUUUUACCCACUCAUUCAUCAAUUUUACCAACUGAUUCGUUAAAUUUUACCCACUCAAUACUUGAUGGUCAUUUAUUUCAAAACAAAAGCAUCAUGAACGUUUUUUUGUUAAAUAUUUCCGCUCAAGAAUAAAAUAGAAUAUUACCGUUCAUUACUAUCAUUGCCAUAAAUACAUUUCACUUUCCUUCCUCAUUUAUGCUGCUUUUUUAGCUUUGUUUAUUUUAUAUCAUAGAAGUAUAUACAGGGUGUCACGAAAGGUUUGUUACAAACUUCUAGGGAUGGUAGAUCUCGUAAAAAUAAAACUUUUUUCUUGAUAAACAUGUGUCCGGAAAUGCUUCGUUUUCCAGAUAUACAGGGUGGCCCAAACUUGAGCCUCAUCAUUGGGAUCUCGGUAACCGUAAGAGAUACGGGGUCGGUUAAAUUAUGGCAAAGUUGCGCAAUUUUAUGCCCAAUAGAAUACCGUUUUGAAACUAGAAAGAUUCCGAAUACUUCCGGAGAUAUUCGGAAAAAACCAAAAUUUUGAAAAAUCGUUUUUUUUUUCCCGGGCUUAUUUGAAAAGCAAUUUUAAAAUAAAUGUCACUUCAUCAUUGUCACUUCUUCCCCUUUAGAAGAUGGUGGUACUAAAUUUGAAAUUCGACGUUUCGUCUUCAGGCGGCCAUCCUUAACUUACGUUUUUUAAAUACGAACCUAGAUUUUUUAUUUGCGAUUUUGUCAUCUUUGGGCAUCCUAAAACCGAUACUGUUUAUAAUUUAUCAAUAACACGGUAAAAAAGCAGGUCCGUAUUUGAAAAACGUCGGAUUUCAAAUUUUAUACUGCCAUCUUGAAAAGAAGAGAAAGUGACAAUGGGAAUGUGAAAUUACUUUUUCAAAAUCUUUUUAAAUGAAAUCAGGAAAAAAUUUAAGAAUAACGAGAUUUUUUUUUUCCGUAUAGUUUUCAUUUUUUCCUGAUUUUAUUUAAAAAGAUUGUGGAAAACUAAUUUCACCUUGCCAUUGUCACUUUUUCUUCUCUACAAGAUGGCGGUAUUAAAUUUAAAAUCCAAUGUUUCGUUCCUCUGAAAUCAUCAUUAAUUUUUUUUUUAAUACGGACCUGCUUUUUUUGCUGUGUUAUUGAAAAAUUAUAAACAGUAUCGGUUUUAGGAUGCGCAAAAAUGACAAAAUCGCAAAUAAAAAAUCCAGGUCCGUAUUUAAAAAAAGGAAGUUGAGGAUGGCCGCCUGAAGACGAAACGUCGAAUUUUAAAUUUAGUAGCACCAUCUUCUAAAGGAGAAAAAGUGACAAUGAUGAAGUGACAUUUAUUUUAAAAUUUAUUUUCAAAUAAGCCCGGGAAAAAAUAAAAACGAUUUUACAAAAUUUUGGUUUUUUCCGAAUAUCUCCGGAAUUUCUAGUUUCAAAACGGUAUUCUAUUGGUCACAAAAUUGCGCAACUUUGCCAUAAUUUAACCGACCCCGUAUCUCUUACGGUUACUGAGAUCCCAAUGAUGAGGCUCAAGUUUGGGCCACCCUGUAUAUCUGGAAAACGAAGCAUUUCCGGACACAUGUUUAUUAAGAAAAAAGUUUUAUUUUUACGAGAUCUACUAUCCCUAGAAGUUUGUAGCAAACCUUUCGUGACACCCUGUACAUAUACCUGUAUACAGGCCUGGCAAGCCAACAUCUUACAGGCCAAUUUUAAUGCAAUAUAAUAAAAUGCUUAGAAAAAGUUUUAGGUUAGAAAAAGAACGAAAACGAUUUCCCCUGUUCCCCCUCCAGCAUUGAGCGCUGGGAAUGCUGGAGGGGAAAUCGUUUUCGUUCUCUAUUUAACCUUAGACUUUUUCUAGCCAUUUCAUUCUAUAGCAUUAAAAUUGGCGUGUAAGAUGUUCACUUGCCAGACCGGUAUAGGUAGAUGUACCUUACUGUAGUUGUUUCUCUCGUUUGCAAAUAGACCCCCUCCACAAUUUUAUUUGUAGCUACCCAAGGAUAUAAACACCAUCGAUCAAUAAAACAGCUCGCCAUUUACCAUAUAACUAAUUGAUAGCACAGAUCACUUGAUAGAGUACUUGGGCGGACCAGCUACAUACUUGACAGAGUGUUCUAGAAAACUUCCUCAAAUUGUUUCUGAAAUGGGUGAGGAAGAAGGGCUGGAUAUAAAAAAAAACUCAGUAGAAGCAAGAUUUCUAUCCUUUUUCUCGAGAUUUUGUUAGGGUUAUCAUUGUCAUCACUUAACAAGAACUUAGCAGGGUGUUUAAAAAUAACUACUGCAUCAAAAGAGCACGGUUUUUAUCUUCGAGAUUUUGGAUGGAGUACCACUACUAUCGGAUCUUCAUAAAAAAAAAAACAAUCAAAGAGCGCUUUGAUUACGAAAACGUACGUCGUAUUAUUGUUUCUUCUCUUCAUUGGUCAGGAUUUUUAACAAGACAUUUUGACAUUAAAGUUCACUGACAAAAUUAAAGAAAUAUAUUGCUAAGACAUACAUUUAAAAAACCAUAGCAAUCUUUGAUUGUUUUUUUUUUGAAGAUCCGUUAUCUUUUAAUAUAGGUACUUAGUAAAUUACCAAGUGUUCUAUAAUAGAAUACUGCCACAAAUGGUUUUGAAAUCGAUGGGGGAUGAAGUGUUGAAGACAUCAAAAAACGCAUUGAAAUCAUGUCUUUUACCCCGUUUUUUGAGAUUUUGGAUGCGACAUAUUACCAUCUUCCCACAUCAGCGAAUUAAAGAGGUGUGAUCUUAAAAUACAACUUGCCUUCAGAAAAAAAUCCAAGAACUGUUGUGAAAAUCUCGCAUCGCUACUCAAAAUAAUAAGGUAGACACCUACGCCUAAAUAAAGUUUUGUCUAUUCAUCGGCCACCGCAUGACAUCAUAAACACACGCAAAAAUUACAAAACCUAUUUAAACUGAUGUAGCGAUAGGGGUGAGAACGCAAAAACAAUACGAUAAUAGGUCUUUCCACAGAAAUCACAAACCAUUCAGAGCAUUUUUGAUUGGUCCAAAUCGCCAACAACCAGUUUCCUGACUAUUUUCAACCAAUGAAAUUCGCUCUCACUGGUUUGUGAUUUCUGUGGAAACAGACCUAUGGUCGAUAAUAAUAGGUCUCUUUCUGCAGAAAUCACAAACCAGUCAGAGUCAAUUUCAUUGUUGAAACUAGUUUUCUGACUGUUUUCAACCAAUAAAAUUCGUUCUGACUGGUUUGUGUCGUUUGUGACUUCUGCAGAAACAGACUUAUUUAUAUGCAGCAAGCAUGAGCAAACGCGCACCCAGCGCCGGCCGGCGGACUCAGUUGGUAUCUAAGCUUGGUGCAUAUGAGGUCACAGUGCUGGAAUGGGAACUUUAUACCAAGGUAUGGUUGGUAGUAGCCUAGUGCGGUUUAAAUAUUUAUUCUUAGAUUUUUUUGCACUAAAAGUUUUAUUUUUGGGUCACACCCCCUUUAACAUGGAAUGCUGGAAUGGAAUACUGCCUCAAUUUUUUUAAUUUGAUAAGUAGUUCGAUAGGGGAUGAAGGGUUGAAAAUAUCAAUCAAACUGAAUGGGAACAAGGUUUUUAUCUAGGAAUUCUAGUGAAUCUACUUGACAGUGUGACGAAUCUAUCAAAAUAUUUUAAAUGGAAAUUUCACAGUAUGUACCCUAAACGCCUGUCCUGUGAAUUUUCUUUAUGAAAAAAUAUUCUGAUAAGGUUUUUAAUUCCUAUCUCUAUCCACCGAUAUAAUAAAUGUCGCAACAUUCAAUAAAUCAUCUGCCUCUUUUUCUGUUUUGCUCGGCCACGCGUUUCUGCCCCUCAUACUGGAGAAAGCAAUUAGAACCGUAUUUGAUUAUGAUACAGCAAUAUUUGUUGAGAUUUUUUUGUUUCUACUAAUAAGGAAUUGUGCUAAAAUGACAUUUGUAGAUUUCUAGUGACACUUAAUUAACCGGCAGCGGGCAAAAUUUCGACCAGGAAGACAAUGUACCUGUUGGUACCUAAGUACUUAGGAAUAUGAGUUAAGGUCAUUAAAUUUUCAUGAAAACCCAAUAAAAAUUACGUUUCUACCCUCAUCAGGCAGUAUUCUAGAACCUCCAUUAUUAAAAUCCCUGUUUAAAGAUGGUAGUAGGUAGUACACCAUCUAAAAUAUUGAGAUAAACAAUAAGAACCUUAUUUUUGAGAAGUUUUUUUGAUAUCUCCACCCCUCCAACACCUACAAAUUUCAAAACCAAUCUGAGGCAAUAUUCUGGAACACUUUAUUAAGUCCCUGCUGAAAGUAGGUAUAGUCUAUAAGGCAUAGUAUUGUCCCGUCUUUAGUCGUGAAAAAAGGAUAAAAACCUAGCUUCUACUAGGUUUUUAGAUAUCUUCAGCCCUUUAUUCCCUACCGAUUUUAAAACCAAUUUGAGGCAGCAUUCUUGAACUCCCUGUUAAAGGCUUGUAGUGUUACCUUAUCCAAAAUCUUGAGAAAAUAAUUGCAAACGGCUUGCUAGUCUUUUUGUUUUUCCAGCUCCUAUAAUAAAUAUUAAUUUGAACAUCUAAAUUCUCCCUUCCUGAUUUGAUAUUACAUGCUUCGAUUCUCCACUGUUUUGGUAUUUGCCAUUCUAGUGGUUAAUAUUUGGAAUAUAUAAACCUUAUCAUUUUGCGUCAUAAAUUAUUAUUUUCUAAAUUUAUUAAAUUACAAAAGACUAAGUACAUACACGUAAUAAAAAGUCAUAAAAUUAGCUAACUUAAAAGUAUAGAAUAGGCAGUUAGGCAGUUUUACAAAAAAAAUUGAUUGAUAUUUGAGAUUUUAGUUAUUGCAACUAUUGUAAUCAGCACACAAUAACUACAUAAUGCAAUUAAUACCGUAAUUCUCGAGGUAAUUCCUGUCUAAACAAACUGCUAUUUUUUCUUCUUCCUUUUGUCCCCCGAUACAGAAGUACUGGUAAUGUCCUUCCU